CCAUCAUCAGCGUCAUCAUUCGCCAAUUUGAUGCGACCGCGAUCUCGGACGCGCAGAGAAGGGACUGCACUUGCUGAAGCGCUGCGCAAGGGAAUGAUAAGACGGGGCCGCAGCAAGUGAGUCCCAUGACAGCAGCGCUUGGAUUGAUGCGAUGCGAUCGGCGUGCAAGACGUGCAGUUGCCACUCACCCUGUGACCUUGCGGCAGGGAAACCAGGCAAAGCAAAUUGCUGGCAGAUUGACGCCAAAGUCGAUUUGUUGAUGAAAGCGUCGAUGGUUCUGACGCAGGCCGUCGUCGCUUCGGGGUCGGACAGAGGCAGAAAAAGAUGGAAGGAAGUAAAGAAGACGACGAUUGAACGACGGACGGGAAGCGAGGGGAGUAGGGAAGCGCUACCGACAGGACAAAACAGGGACAGCCAGGAGUGGAUUGAGGGUGGGCGGAUGGGCCAAGAGGGAGCUGAGGGAUUGGCUACGAAUGGAUGGAUGGGUCCGGGUGUGUGUGUGUGGAUGGCGGAUGGAAUGGGGGCGCCCGGGGGGGUGACCGUGGUGGGCUAUCGCUCUCUAGUGUAUGUAUGGGACUAGGGACACUACGGACCCAAAGUUCCCAGAAACCAGAGCGACGGG